CUGGACUAGGCAUAAUGUGAUCCUUGUUUGCUGUACUGGUGGGUUCAAUAGUCAAUUAAAAUCUACUCUAUUUCCAUGGUGACUGGUUUCUAGUCAGAAUCCUUGGGAAAAUAAAGGAAUAAUCAAUCGACGAUAAACUGAUCAGUAUUAGCAUCUGGGAUCCGCUCUCAAUGUCUGUCGUGGCAGGAAGUUGUUGGAAUUCGGUUAAAAUCCGAUAGGAUAAACAACAGAGCAGAGUUCUCUGUCGAAAUCCAUCCGACGAAGAUUCUCGAUGGAUAACACCGGAUAUUGCAACGAGAGCAGCACAAGUGACGAGGACAUGGUGGAGAUAGCAGGGGCGACGUUAGACUUCUCUACCACAGAGGAUGUACCACCCUUGGACCGAGACAAAGGUUCUGGGGAUAACCCAGGUAUGGAGGAGGUGAACGGGGUGCCUAAGCUGAUGGACCUGCUGGAUGAUCCGGUGCCAGGGGUGGGCACCUAUGAGGACUUUAACACCAUAGACUGGGUGCGGGAGAAGUCCAAAGACCGCGACCGCCACAGAGAGAUUACCAGUAAAAGCAGAGAAUCCACGUGGGCGCUAGUGAAGAGUGUCAGCGAUGCCUUCUCUGGAUGGCUGCUCAUGCUGCUGAUUGGACUCAUGUCAGGUGCUUUGGCAGGUGGGAUCGACAUAUCAGCCCACUGGAUGACAGACCUCAAGGAAGGGGUUUGUUUGAAUGGGUUCUGGUUCAACCAUGAGCACUGUUGUUGGACCUCCAACGAGACUACCUUCCAGGAGAGGGAUAAGUGUCCCCAGUGGAAAAGCUGGGCCGAGCUCAUCAUUGGCACGACAGAGGGUCCCUUUGCGUACAUUAUGAACUACCUAAUGUACGUGUGCUGGGCUCUACUAUUCUCCUUCCUGGCUGUGACACUGGUCAGGGCCUUCGCCCCCUAUGCCUGUGGCUCUGGAAUCCCGGAGAUCAAAACCAUAUUGAGUGGGUUCAUCAUCCGAGGGUACCUGGGGAAGUGGACCCUGAUAAUCAAGACCAUCACCCUGGUCCUGGCUGUGUCAUCAGGGCUCAGCCUGGGGAAGGAGGGGCCCCUGGUCCACGUGGCCUGCUGCUGUGGCAACAUCCUAUGCCACCUGUUCACCAAGUACCGUAAGAACGAGGCCAAGCGCAGAGAGGUUCUGUCUGCUGCUGCUGCCGUUGGUGUGUCUGUGGCUUUCGGUGCUCCUAUAGGAGGAGUGCUCUUCAGUCUGGAAGAGGUGAGCUACUACUUCCCUCUGAAGACCCUGUGGCGGUCGUUCUUCGCGGCCCUGGUGGCAGCCUUCACCCUGCGCUCCAUCAACCCGUUUGGCAACAGCCGCCUGGUGCUGUUCUACGUGGAGUUCCACACCCCCUGGCAUCUCCUGGAGCUCGUACCCUUCGUCCUCCUUGGCAUCUUCGGCGGCAUCUGGGGCGCCUUCUUCAUCCGAGCCAACAUCGCGUGGUGCCGGCGGCGUAAGACCACGUGGCUGGGCCACUACCCGGUCCUGGAGGUUCUGGUUGUCACCGCGGUCACGGCGGUGGUGGCUUUCCCUAACAGCUACACCCGCACCAGCACCAGCGAGCUCAUCUCGGAGCUCUUCAACGACUGUGGCCUGCUGGACUCCUCCAAGCUGUGCAACUAUGACAACGCCAACGUCACCAAGAGCAGCAACGAGCUGCCGGACCGUCCGGCUGGAGAUGACGUCUACACGGCCAUGUGGCAGCUGUCCCUGGCCCUCGUCUUUAAGAUGCUCAUCACCGUGGUUACCUUCGGCAUGAAGGUUCCUUCUGGGCUGUUCAUUCCUAGUAUGGCGGUGGGGGCGAUUGCAGGCAGGCUGCUGGGUAUAGGCAUGGAGCAGCUGGCCUACUACCACCAUGACUGGGCGAUCUUCAGGGGCUGGUGUUCUCCUGGUGCUGACUGCAUCACCCCAGGCCUCUACGCCAUGGUGGGGGCUGCUGCUUGCUUAGGUGGGGUGACCCGCAUGACCGUAUCCCUGGUGGUCAUCAUGUUCGAGCUGACCGGAGGGCUGGAGUACAUCGUGCCCCUGAUGGCCGCGGCCAUGACCAGCAAGUGGGUGGCGGAUGCCAUCGGGCGCGAGGGCAUCUACGAGGCUCACAUCCGCCUCAACGGUUACCCCUUCCUGGAGGCCAAGGAGGAGUUCAGUCAUAAAACCCUGGCCAUGGACGUGAUGCGGCCGCGUCGCAGUGACCCGCCGCUCUCCGUACUGACCCAGGACGGCAUGACGGUAGAGGACGUGGAGACCAUGAUCACAGAGACCACCUACAGUGGUUUCCCCGUGGUGGUCUCUCAUGAGUCCCAGCGCCUGGUGGGCUUCGUGCUGCGCAGGGACCUCACCAUCUCCAUAGAUAAUGCCAGGCAGCGUCAGGAUGGGAUUGUGUGCACCUCGAGGAUCUUCUUCACAGAGUACACGCCCCCUCAGCCCCCCAGCAGCCCCCCUCCUCUAAAGCUUCGGGGCAUCAUGGACCUUAGUCCCUUCACUGUCACAGACCACACCGCCAUGGACAUUGUGGUGGACAUCUUCAGGAAGCUGGGCCUGCGCCAGUGCCUCAUCACACACAAUGGUCGGUUGCUGGGGAUUAUCACAAAGAAGGACAUUCUGAAGCACGUGGCCCAGAUAGCCAACCGGGACCCAGACUCGAUCCUCUUCAACUGAUGCUUCAGUACCAGCUGCAGCACCUUUGGCCAGACACCACUGUGGAACCACAGCUUUUACCCAGGCCCGUCUCCAGGCCAACUCCAUUGCACUAUGUUUAUGUCUAACUAGUGGAUUCCCUCACACUUUUGAAUGCAUUGCAGUGACAACUGACCGCUUCAUUAGAACUAUAGAGACAGAGAAUUCAUUGCACUUCAACAGCAAGCUGGCUUUCCAGGAUUGACCCAAACGAUGAACUGGAUUUAGGGAAAAGUCUAUGGCUUAUUAAAUGACCGUCGGUAACUGGGAGAACCUUUUUUUUCCUUGGCCGUAUAGGCAGGAGUGGUCUUCCUCGUCAGUUGUUCAGGUAUAGCAUGUGUCUCUAGAGCUACCAAGGAUCCUAAAGGAGUCGAGACCGUCUGGAAUCUUAAGGUAUAAGCCAAACCACUGCCAUUUUGAAAACUUAAUCCCCAUACAAUAACUAAGCUAGGAGUGGAAAUAAUCAGCUUCAACCUAUCAAAAUCACAGUUGAAAUUGUGAAGUCAUUGUCUGCCUGAAAUGUUUAUGCCAGUGUUGAAAUGUUGAAGUCUUUUUUCCCUGGUGUUAUAGCUAAACACUUUAGCUCGAAAGAAAUGUUUCUUUCUUUGGUAAUGGGUUGUGGUUUUGACACAGACCAGGAGAUGUUUUCUUCGUACAGACACACUGUUAUUACAGACUAAAAGAACCUUCCCCUGGAACAUGCAUGCUGUGGUAAUCCUCUUUGACCACAGGGAGGCACUGCUGUGCACUAACCAGCUGUGGCUUAGUCACAAUACUCAGUCUCUCCAGAAUUCUGCCAUCGUUUCUUUUUUGCAAAAUCAAUUUAGCAUAUUACGCGAUGGCUUGCACAUUUGACCAAUCACCGCACAAUUUCCACAUAAAACAGUCCAAUUGUUGCGUUAAACUGACCCAUCACCGCAGUACAAACAGUGAAUUUCAGCCAAUCACUGCACACUUACCGCGUAAUAUGGUUCAAUCAAGCCACACAUCAACAAAAUGCUUCCCUCAUCAGCACAUGCAAAAUGUCAGAAUUGCCACAGCAAAAUCAAGGUUUUUGUCCUGCAAAUAUCACCAAAAAUCCCGGCGCAAUCCAGGAGGGACUGACUACUAAACUUUAUCAACUGAUCUGUAACACUCAAGUGCAAUCAUGAAAAUAUGUAUUACUCAUUUUGAAUAUGCACCUCUAUAUUUCUGAGCUUCAUGACCUUUUCAGUGAAUAGUAUUUAUUGCAUCCAUAUACUUGCAUCACAAGUAUAAGAUCACUUUAUCCAGCACACUGCACACUAUCAUCAGUCAGUGAUGAUCAGUCUUAAUAGGCAGUCUGAGGUCAUGGACAGGACCAGUGUUGGUGUAUUAUGGGAUGAUCGAGAGAGGAAGAGGUCUCCAGUAUGUCACAUCUCAUAUCAUCUUCCUGUUAUCUCCUCGUCUGUCCAUGGUCUGGGAGGGGCGAACACGUUCAGUGUUCUUGUUGCUCUCACUUCCUUCUCGCUAAGACAAGGACAGGCCAGUUCUCUCUAGAUCUGCCAGCCGACACUAGUGAAGAACUCUGGAUCUCUUCUCCCUCUUAACUCAUUCUCUUACUGUCUCACGAGACCCUCAUGUCUUACAACGUCAAAGUCCACACUAAGAAUGAGCGUACUGGAGUGUAGCAUGCUCUCUUAAACAUGAACUAAGCUGAGGAACCUCCCUGUGAGGAAUGCUCAAAUCUCACUUUUACCUUGAGCAGGUUGAUGGUGGCCAUUCUUAAGCUAGGUUUAUGGAUUCCUUGACACCCUGUUUUAUCCAUAAGUGUGUCUCCAUUAAUGUAUUACUUUUACAACGUAGUUCAUUUUAACUGUGGUCUCAUAUUUAAUUUUAAUGCACUUUAUUUACAAAUAAUGUACUUAUCAGGUUUUCUUUUGGGGGGGGGUGUAGCUAGAGUUACAUUAUUAAACUGUGUCUGUUUGUAUUAGCAUUUAUGCUAUCUGCAAUGGUUUUGUAUCACUACCAUCUGCAGUGGUUUUGUAUCACGACCAUCUGCAGUGGUUUCGUAUCACUACCAUCUGCAGUGGUUUCGUAUCACUACCAUCUCAUGUAAAGGUGCAACUGAGAUUCAAAAUGUGAAAGCUGAAUAAUUUAUUCCCCCUGUCAUUUCAACUUUGCUAUGAAUUAAAACAAUGUUAACUUUCA